GGCAGGCACGAGGAAGCCUCCUGCCAGAGCUGCCCUUCCUCCAGCCUGGAAAAUAACAACUGGGGCAACUCGCUGGAACCAAACAAGGACGAUGUAGGGAUGGGUGGGGGAGGGGCUAUCCUUGUCAAUCUGCUUGACUGGCCCCGCGAGCGAUUAACCUUGUGCAGGUCGCAGGUCGGCAGGAAGGAGACGCGGGCUCCGGCCCGGGGGCCAGGGAGGGAGCCCGGGAAGGGCUGCGCGCCCCCCGCCCGAAGGAGCCCGGCUCUCCGCAGUCACUCGCUGAGAUCCCCGCGGCACCAGCCCGGCGCUGCCCUGUCCCGGGCCGGCAGCUGCCUCCUUUGUGCGCUCCAAAGCCGGCUGCGUUACCCCUGCGGGCCCCCCCGCGCCCCCGUGCGUGCGCCCCGCAACUCGCCGCCAACUUUGCCGGGUGUGCGGGACUCCGGCGGCGCUGCGGGACUCGGGCGGCGCUGCGGGCAGCGCCAUGUGACGCCGGGGGGGCAGAUCCGGGGCCGGCGCUGCCCCCGCCCCCCAGCCCGGCGCAGCGGGGAGGAACCAGCCCCCCUCCCCCGGAGCGGCGGCCGGGCGUCCCCGCAGGAUUGGCGGGGCGCGCUACUCGCAGCGUUACGGUAGGAGCGGCUCGCCGGAGCAGACGCCAGGCGCUCUCCGCGGUGCUGACGGGCAGCGCCGGGUCCGGAGCCGCAGCUGAGCGCGGGGAGCGCGGAUUGCAGCCGCGCCGAGCCCCGGCCAUGGGCGCCGCGCCGGGGGCUCCCGCCCGCGGGCUCGCCGGCUGCCUGCUGCUGCUCGCCGCGCUGCUCCAGGGCCAGGCUCGAGACUUUGCCUCGGAGGAGCCGAACGUGGUGGGCCGGAAGGCAGCGGGGAGCUCUGAGGCUGAGGGGGACCAGACGGUGCCCCCCACUCCGGACGAGCUGGAGGGCGAGGUCCGCUUUGUCACCACAGCCCCCACGCUGACACUGCUCAACCAUCACCCCCUGCUGGAGGAGUUCCUGCACGAGGCCCUGGCGAAGAAGGACUAUCUGAGGCAGGUGCCCUUCCUCACGUGGGGCCUGGGGGGGCCAGGCCCGGUCAUGCCUGACGUGCCAGGGCGGAUCACCGAGACCCCCAGAGCCAACCUGCCAAACCAAGAUGACCUCCCGGUGUUUUCUGACCUGACCACAUCCCUCACGGUGCCAGCCACAGCCCCCGUGACCAUGACCAGCACCACAGCCCUGGUGGGAGAGAAGGCCGAGGCCAGAGACGCAGAGAGGACCCCAGAAAUGGUCAAGCCAGCGUUCACCGCCGAGCUGCUGACCACGGCUGCAGGCCACAUGGCGCCAUGGGCAGAGCCCCGGACAGCCAGCCCAGAGAGCAACUCCGCUUCUGUCCCCACGGAGCCUCCCAUUACCCCCGCGCCUGCCAUCUCCCAGGCCGCCCUGCCCAACCUGGGUCAAGCCACCGCCACCAUGGUGACCAGCAACACCCCGACCGCCAUCACCCCCACAGCCCGAUUUGUCUCACCGCGGGCACCCAGCCCGGCACUGCCAAGGGCCAAGGAGCCCAGGACGGAGGCUGCCACCACAGCCACGGUUUCUGGGGACGACGAGGAAACCACCACAACCACCAUCAUCACCACGACCACCAUCACCACGGUGCAGGUGCCAGCUCCGUGCAACUGGAACCUCACGGGCCCCGAGGGCUCCCUGGAGUCUCCGGAGCCGGUCAGUUCACCCUACGACAGCCUGGACUGCACCUACACCAUCUCCGGGUACCCUGGCUACGGCGUGGAGAUCAAGGUCCUGAACAUCAGCCUGUUGGAAGGGGAGACGGUCGCCAUGGAGACCUUCGGGGGCGCAGAGCCUGUCGUCCUGGCCAACGAGUCCUUCCUCAUGAGGGGCCAGGUGAUCCGCAGCCCGACCAAUCGGGUCAGCGUGCGGUUCCGGAGCCCCCAGCCCGCCAGCCCUGGCAGCUUCCGCUUCCGCUUCCAAGCCUAUCUGCUGAGCUGCAACUUCCCCUCCCGACCGGCCUACGGCGAUGUUUCCGUCACCAGCCUGCACCCUGGGGGCAGCGCCCACUUCUACUGCGCCACGGGGUACCAGCUGCAGGGCCCGCCUGCGCUCACCUGCCUCAACGCCACCCGGCCCUUCUGGAGCAGCCGGGAGCCCGUCUGUGUGGGUGAGUGGGGGGGAGGGGCUGCCCAGUGCUGCCGGAUGCCCCCCCUGAAGCGAGAACAGAAGAAGGAGCUGGGGCAGGUAAAUGGAUUGGUGGACAAAUCUGGGAAAAGGACCACCUCCCCUACCAGUGACACAGACCUGUUGGACAGGUCUAGCACCAGCAUCAGGGCAAUUGCACAUGCCAGGAUCUUGGAACGGAGAGCAAGUCGGCCUGGCACUCCCACAUCUAAUGCCAGCACUGAGACUCCCAAUUCCGAGCAGAAUGUCGACGAUGAGGACAUAAUUGACGUGGAUGAUGACUCUGCCCUUGCGGAAAUGGACUGUGGGCAGCCCCAGCUGAAGCGACCCUUUGAGCUUCUUAUUGCAGCUGCCAUGGAAAGAAACCCAACCCAGUUCCAGUUGCCGAAUGAACUGACCUGCACCACAGCACUUCCAGCUUGUGCGAGUUUCUACUGA